CAGUUCGUCCGUGAUGGGAUCACCUGUCGCCGUGUGUGCUUGAGUGAUUGUGUCCCUUGCACAGCGCCCGAGAGUGCGUGUGUAUGUGACGAAAUAGACGGACAAUAAAUCCGCCAGGCCAGAGUCCGCCAGGCACGGGGCAGCGAAAGGUGGUGCACACGCUGCCAGCUGCGAAACGAGAAAGAAAAGAAAGCCAAAGGUUUGUGUGAGUGUGUGAAUCACGAAAACGUUACACACGGGCACCAUUGGGGCACCCAGUGGCAGACCCUCUACACAAACGCACACACACACAGUGCUAGACAGACCCCGCUCAGGCCCCGUGAAAAGCAGGCAAAAAACAAGUGGCGCACACUCGCAGCCGAACCUUCCGAACGCGCUGACCGCGCGCUCACUCUGUGUGUGUCUCUCUAGCGGGCCGUGGAAUGUUUCCUCCAAAUCGUGCUUGGAGUGUGUAGAGUAGCCUGUGCUGCUGUUUGCUGCUACAUACUGCUGUGCAAUUCGCGCAAUCUAAGUGUUUUGAUACAUCUCGUAGGGCAAAAUAAGUGUAUGUGUAAGUGUGUGAGAGUGGUCUAUGCCCUAGUGUGUGUGUGUUUUUUUUUGUUCAAUCUGUGAAUUGUGAUUCGCGCUCUAGGUCGUGAGUUUUUCCCGUUUUAUUCGCAGUGCGUUUCUUUCAAUCGGUCGGAACACAGCACAACAACGCAAUCAUCUCGUGUUUGUGUGUGUGUUUGUGUGUGGUCUAUCGCUUUUUUUUUCGUUCGUCGCCCAGCUGCACAUCUAUUUCCGAACCCGUGCGCGUGUGUGUGUGUGCGUGUAUGUGUGUUUUGUUAAUUUAUUUCCCCCUCUCAACCAGUGUGCGUGUGUGCUGUAUCCCCGCCCAAUAGUAAAAAGUUGUUCUCGAUCGUGCGUGAUCGUGCGUGAAAAAAGUGUCUCUCCGGGUGUGUCUGUGCUUCGUUUCGAAAGAAGUAGAAGAAUAGAGUGAGGGAAACAAAUAGAAGCCUAGAAAAGGAAGAAAAAGAAGUGUGUGUGCGUGUGUGUGUGUUUGUGUCUCGAAAUCGAAGGCUGUUUCCUUCAAGGCUGUCCCUUUUUUUUUGGGAGAGUUUUCUGUAGCCCAAGAGUGUGCCCGAAUGUGUGUGCCCCCGUAGCCCAAAAGCCAGCAGGAAGGACGAAGGCUGUAAAAGGAAGGAAACGGACAGCAGCAACACAUCCGUACGUUUUUGCCACAACGCCUACUGUGAACCGGUCGAACAUACGAAGUCACGUUCCAAUCACACAUACAAAAAAAAACCAUCGUCUGAUCCUGGUGCGUGCAGCAGCAGGCCACACAAGCACUCCUGUUAGCGCUCGCUCUGGUGGGUUUUUAACCCGUGCAGCAAACAUCCUUUCCUUUAGCGGACAGAUGUAUCCGGCAUAGUGCAGCAAACGGAGAGUGUGUGUGUUGUUCCACUCCAAAUUCGUGGUUCAAUUCGUAGCUGAAGAACGCCCCAACAACCAAGGAGGAGGGUGCGUAGUUGUAGACUGCUCUACGCGUCCUCUGCUAGUGACAGGGUCCCGGAGGAGGACGCCAGGGUUCUGGGGUCGUACGCUGGAGUGGUGUCCUGCCGCCCCGGUCUGAUAAUACGGCGUCACCAGCCAUGCUAGCACCGGGCAUUCGAGUCGCCCGCGGUCCCGACUGGAUCUGGCAUGAACAAGAUGACGGCGAGGGACACGUCGGGACGCUGUGCGAAGUAGGACGCUCCGGAUCGACCCACUCGCCAGACAAAACGGUCGUCGUGAACUGGGACUCGGGCCAUCGGACCAACUACCGCGUCGGCUACCACAAGCAGUACGAUCUGAUCGUGAUCGACAACGCACAGAUCGGCGUGAAGCAUCCGAACAUCAUCUGCGACGGCUGCAACAAGGCGGGCAUCGCGGGCAUCCGGUUCCGGUGUGCCGAGUGUGCCUCGUACGACCUGUGCGCGACCUGCUACGGGAACGAUCUGCACGACCUCGAGCAUCCGUUCAUCCGCUUCCAGACGGCCAACUCGGUCGGCAUCCGUUUGCCACCGCGGAAGGGCGCAGCCAAGAUACAGCUAAAAGGCAUCUUUGUCGGUGCGAGAGUAACGCGCGGUCCCGACUGGGAAUGGAAUAAUCAGGACGGCGGUCCGGGCAAGACUGGUCGUGUUAUGGAAAUUCGCGGCUGGGACAACGAAUCCUGUCGCAGCGUCGCCAGUGUAGCGUGGGCCUCCGGCUCCACCAACGUGUAUCGGUUAGGGCAUAAGGGAAACGUCGAUCUGCGGUACGUGCAGCCGGCCGUCGGCGGAUAUUACUACAAAGAUCACAUGCCAGUAUUAGGACAACCGGAAGAACAGCAGCCGGUUUCGCCGCCGGUGCGUUCGCACUUUUACGUCGGCGACCGGGUGCAGGUGGCGAUCGCGGAGGAUCGCCUCAAGAUGCUGCAGCAGGGCCACGGCGGAUGGAAUCCGCGCAUGGCCGAAUACCUGACGAAGGUCGGCAUCGUGCACCGGAUCACGGACAAGGGCGACAUACGGGUGCAGUACGAGGGCUGCGCCAACCGGUGGACGUUCCAUCCGGCGGCGCUCGUCAAGAUCUACAGCUUCAACGUGGGCGACAUGGUGACGUUCAUCUCGGACCCGGCCAAGAUGCAGCAUCUGCAGAAGGGGCACGGCGAGUGGAUCGAAACGAUGCACAACGUGCUGGGCAAGCCGGGCAAGGUGAUCAAGAUCUACGGCGAUGGGGAUUUGCGCGUCCAGCAGCUGGAUGACGAUAUGGCGUGGACGGUAAAUCCGAAGUGCGUCAAGCUGGCGUCAUCGUGUCAUGCGGCGGCGACAGAACGAUCGAACAGUAUGGCGGAUCUGAGCAAUCAGCGCAACCAGGAGCAUCAUAUGGCACCGUUGGCGGGGCUGACCGGGGGUACUGCGGCGGAUAAGCUGGUGCGGGAGGCGGCCCAGGGUAAUCUGGACUACGUGCAGAGUCAGCUAUGCAUGACUCCGGAGGCAGUGAACUACGUGAGCGGUGGCAAAACCUGCCUGCAAGUCGCAGCCCACCAGGGCCACGUGGAGCUCGUGAAAUACCUUAUCCUCAUGGGCGCCAACGUUAACGUGGUGGACAAGGAGGGUGAUUCCACCCUGCACUACGCCGCGUUCGGCAACCAGCCGGAGGUAAUGCGCGUCCUGCUCCAGCACAACGCCAGCAUCGACGAGCUCAACUCGUCCCACUGCUCCGCGCUGCACAUCUCCGCCCACAAGAAGCCGCCGCACUGCGUGAAGGUGCUGCUCGAGUUCGGCGCCAACGUGAACAUGCAGGACGCGUACGGCGACACCGCCCUGCACGACGCCAUCGGCAAGGAGAACACGGAGGUGGUGGAGCUGCUCUGCAGCUGCCCAACGCUCGACCUGACGAUCCGCAACCAUCGCGGCUUCAACGCGCUGCACCACGCGUCACUGAAGGGCAACGUGCACGCGGCGCGCCACAUCAUCCGCCUGGCGCGGCAGCUGGUGAACGUGCGCAAGGAUGACGGGUUCGCGGCGCUGCAUCUGACCGCGCUGAACGGGCACACGCGCGUCAUCGAGGUGCUGGUGCAGGAGGGCCAGGCGGACAUAAACAUCCGCAACAACCGCAGCCAGACGCCGUUCCUGCUGGCGGUGUCGCAGGGCCACACGGCCGCGAUCGAGAAGCUGGUCGAUCUGGGCGCGGACGUGCGGGCGCGCGACGAGGACGGCGACAACGCGAUGCAUCUGUGCAUCAUCAAGAAGGGCAACCUGGUGCACGACGUGUCGCCGACGGAUGCGCCGAAAAUACACGACAUCUACCAGUCGCUGGCUGGCAUCGUGAUCGAGCAUCGGUUGAUGUACGCGCUGCUGUGCUUUCUCGCCAGCGAGGGCUGCCCGUUGGACGUGAACCGGAAGGGAGCACGCGUGCUCGACUGGAUCGGCAGUCCGCAGAUCAAGGAGAUCAUUGUGGAGUACGAGCGGACGCGGCUGGCACGGGAAGCGGCGGCAGCCGCCGCCCCGAACGGUCCCGUCAUCUCCACGAGCUACCCGGUCGCCCACGGUCUCGGUUCCGCGGUCGGCGGGUCGUGCUCGCGCAAUCUUCCCAACGCCGAGGAGGACACCCAGCAGUUGCUGUGCAACUUUGAGGGGAUGAGCAUUGCUCCCGCGGGCUCCACCACCGCCGCGCCGAGUAUUGAGGCGGUGAGUGGUGGCAGCGGGCGGGUGGAGAAGCUUGCGGACGCUGCCGGCAGUGGAUCGCUUGCGCUCGAGAACGGCCUAGCGGGUGGUAGCGGUCUGCAGCACGCCUCGCCACCACCUCCACCAUCAUCCUCUUCCUCCAGUGGCCCGGCGGGCGGCAGCAGCAGCAGCAGCAACAGCAAUCCCCUACCCCUGCCCGCCGCAACCGGGGACAUGCGGCGGCAGCGGCGGCAGCAGCCGCCCGCGACGCAACCACUGCCGGUGCACUCGUCACACCGCCCGCCGUCCUCGGGGCCGGCAGUCACGGCGAUGAGUCGGAGCACGGCGCAGCACCCCAGCCACCCCCGCACACCUCCACCGAGCAACGUCAGCGGUAGCUUCGGCAACGACGUGUUUGUGCAGGCGUUCCACCCGCGCCACUCACCCAACAGAGCCUUAUCACCCGCGAUGGGCGACUCGCCCGCCUCCGCCACCGGCGCCCCGAUCCCGCCCAAUCACGGGAUGUUCGCGAAACCGAUGAUGAAGCCGUGCCGCGGCGGGUCCAGCCAUCUGUCGGGCAUGUUCGGUACUACCACCAACGCUGCCGCCGCGAAGCAUAACAGCCCGCGGCAGUUCGUGCAGGACAAGAGCGUGCCCCAGCCACCAACGCCCGCUGCACCCGCCAGUGCCGCCGGUGCUGCGUCCUCCGCUAGUCCAACGCCACCGCCAGUGCCACCGCCGCUACCGACGACGCCGGCCCAUCAGCUGCACCAGCUGCUCCACCAGCCGCCGCUGCCCCCGACGGACGCGCCGCGCGAGUGCAUCGUGUGCAACGAGACGCUCGCGCUGAUCGUGUUCGAGCCCUGCCAGCACCAGAUCGCCUGCGCCGAGUGUGGCGUGCGGAUGAAGAAGUGUCUCACCUGCGGGCUGCACAUCGAGCGGCGCACGACCGCCGCCGGCUGCCCGCUCGAGGGCUCGAAGGACGGCCGGCUGCUGUCCGCCGACCGGCUGCGCUACCUCGAGAGCAAGAUCAUGGAGAUAGAGGAAACGCACUGCUGCAGCAUCUGCAUGGAGCGCCGGCGGAACGUGGCGUUCCUCUGCGGCCACAGCUCCUGCUCCAAGUGUGCGGAAACGCUCAAGAUCUGCCACAUGUGCCGGAAGCCGAUCACGAAAAAGAUUAAUCUUUAUUAGGAGCGGUUAGGGUGAAGCAUAAAAAGGGUAAUUUGCGCUUGAUAAAAAGCAACAAGAUAUAGAACAAGAACCAUUAUAGGCUAGAGAAUCGAAAGGGCGAAAGGGAGAGAAUGCUAAUGUCAGCUAAUUUGUAAGUGUUCACUAUUUAUUUCACAAUUUCCUAAACAAAACCGACCCAAACUCACCAACACACACACAUAUACGCACACAGCGUCCCGUGCGUCUCGCAGCAAAACGUCCCAAAGCGUGUAGAGAGUGGGGUGUCGACGCACUAAGUGUCGUCGCCCCCUUCAAACACUACUUCCUAAAGCCUAGUCCUGUUUCGUAUUCUGUUUAGGGAGAGGGUUGCGCGCGGGCGUCUAGUGUUUAGUUCCCGUUCACCACCACCACCACCACCACCAUCCCCCAUAUAUCCAUCGUGUGUACCUCUCUCACCGUGUGUAAAUAGAACGUUUUCGGUAUGUGUGUUAUAUAUAAAUAGGUAUAUAUAUAUAUAAAUGUAAAUGUAAAGUGUGUAUGUGUUCAACGAUAGAACAAAUGGUUCCCCGAUAGUCGAAAAUGCACAGCGCAUCAGCAUGAUCCUAUAGUGUGUGUGUGUGUGUGUGUGUGUGUGUGUGUGUGUGUGUGUGUGUGUGUGUGUGUGUGUGUGUGUGUGUGUGU